GAAGUUUCUCUACUGAAAAAAAUGGCAGAAAAUAGGGAUGAGGAUGUAUUUUUAUUUCCAUACAAUUUUUAUGCACCCAAAGUGUCAUCCACAAUUCGUUUUAGUAAAAUUAUCUGACAUUUCAUAUAAUACAUCUUCCAUCCUUAGUUGUUCCGUUAAAACUAGUAUAGUUUUUUUAAUAAAAAAUAAUAAACCCAUAGUCAAUAUUGUGCUUGAUAUUUAACACUUUACCUAUAGAGCAAAAUGGGCAUACGUAUGUACCCAGUUGAACCUAGAUACAUCCACACCAAACGCGCUCAGUUGAGUUACAAUUAAUUUAUUUUAAAAUAGAAUAGAUCGCAUCGAGAUCUAAAAAAUAAGGUCUAAAAUUGAAGUUAACGUGAUUUGCGUUGAACAAGAAAAAUGUUUAUUAAAUUUUCAAAAAUAGUAUUUUAUCAAAAUAUAUGAUAAAAUCAUAAAGUCUCAACAUCACCCUAUGGCUUACCUGUAUGUCGCCAAAAAAUAUGGAUAACUAGGUUCAAUACCAAAAACACUUAUUUUUUACUCCACCCUACCCCUAAAAGGAAUUUCUAAAUGGGACCCAAACUUAUGGCACUGCGGAUACCCUUUAUCAUUUUGAAUGAAAGGGAUAUUGCUAUUGAACUGCACCUCCGGCAAAACUACUGCAUCUGAAGUACGUCGGGGUUCUCCAAUCCCAAACGUGGUAUCAGACCUUUCAUAGACCAUUAUAUCCUCCAAUCACUUACGCUUUCGAUCACGUAUAGAUUUUAUUUUUUCACUGAGGUUUUCAAUUUCCAGCUCCCAUUCAUGCCUAUGUUCUUGAUAUUCAUUAUUUCUUUCAAUCAUACGAU